GCCUUUGAUCUCCACCCUAUGGCUGAAGCCAUGAGGAAUGCACAGCUUGGCGAUGGUGACGAAGCGAAGAAGAUGCUCUCGACGGUGGUGGUGGAGGAAAUUCAAAAAGUCGACGAGUCCGCCACGCUGCAACCGCCCGACUCUGCAGCAGCCAUCAAGAAAGCUUUCAAGGGUUGUGGACGAGCCAAAGCUGGAUCUCGCAACCGCAUCGUGUUUCAGAACACCACUUACACCAUUGGAAGCGUGCUGGAGACCACCGGCCUGAAGAACGUCGACAUUGAGUUGCACGGAACACUUUCUUGGGACAACUCCGACCUGAAUUACUGGUUGAACAACUCAUUGCCAGUCGGCUACCAAAACCAGAGCACUGCUUGGAGACUUGGUGGAGAUGGUAUUACGUUCCAAGGAUAUGGAGCUGGUACCUUCAAUGGCAAUGGAGAUGCCUGGUACAAGUUCAUCAAUGGAAGGUCGAAUUACCCCAGACGUCCGCAUCAGUUGACCAUUACCGACACAACGAACUCGAUGUUUGGAGGCUUGAUCUUUCUCCAGAGCCAGAUGUGGACAAUGACAGUGAUCCACUCGUCGGACGUUCUACUGCAGGACAUCUAUGUCAACAACACUUCCAAGACGGGCCAUUCANNGGCACCGACGGUAAACACGGAUGGCUGCGACACUAUCUAUGCCAACAACAUCACCUUCCGCAGAUGGAUCGUAGACAACGGCGACGACGCAAUCUCGCCAAAGGCAAACUCGACCAACAUCUUGAUCGAGGAUAGCCAGUUCUACAGAGGCUCCGGUAUCGCCCUUGGAAGCAUCGGCCAAAUGAAUGGCCAAUUCGAAACGAUCGAGAAUGUGACUUGUCGCAACAUCACAUCUCAUAACACGAAAAACGGUGCCUAUAUCAAGACGUCANNAUGGACUGGAGUGAACAAGGGUGUCCCGCCGAAUGGAGGUGGUGGCGGCUUGGGCUAUGCGCAAAAUCUCACCUUUGAGAAUUUCAAGCUGAAUAAUGUCCUAAAGGCAUUCACGAGUGAGUAUCAGCCUGUUGCUUGGAACCAAAUCCGAUACUGA